AUUAUUUAAAAAAAAGAAAAAAAGAAGAGCAUUUAAUUUUAUUCUUUGAAGGUGAACGACAUCGUUUCAGCUUUGGGUUUAGAGAAAGAAACAAGUAGGAAGCAGAAUGCAGCAACUUCCUUACUGAGUGAGUGUCGACUGUCGACGUCGCAUUCUCUAACUACGAUUGAUCGACCGACCGGCGUUACUGUAUUCUUUUCUUCUUCAAAUCCAAAGAUGAAGAAGAUGUCACUGGUUCGGCCUCUCUUGACAAGGCGGCGGCGAGGAUUCAGCACGGCGACCACCUCUGACAAAAUGGUUGCCUCUGUGCUGUUUGAGAGAUUGCCUGUGGUCAUUCCCAAAAUUGAUCCUAUUGUUUAUGCAUUUCAGGAAUUCUCGUUUCGAUGGCGACAACAGUAUCAACGUAGAUAUCCAGAUGAAUUUCUUGACAGAUCUGAUGCAAGGGGGAAAGGUGAAUAUCAGAUUGAUUAUGUACCAGCACCGCGAAUCACCGAAGCAGACCAAAACAAUGAUCGAAGGUCACUAAAAAGAGCUCUUGACAGAAGACUCUACCUUCUUCUCUAUGGUGAUGCUUAUGGGGCUCCAAGCGGGAAGCCUGUGUGGCAUUUUCCAGAGAAACUUUAUGAAUCAGAGGAAACCAUGCGUAAGUGUGCAGAGUCUGCAUUGAAAUCAGUCAUAGGAGAUCUCUCCAAUACAUAUUUUGUUGGAAAUGCUCCAAUGGCCCAUAUGGUUGUUCAACCUAAUGAAGACCAUUCAGUAUCCACAUCUUUUAAGAAAUUCUUCUUCAAGUCCCAAGUAAUUGCAAAAAACAAGUUUGACUUUGAAAAAUGCAAGGAUUUUGUUUGGGUGACAAAGGAUGAAUUGCUGGAGUAUUUUCCUGAGCAAGCUGAGUUUUUUAACAAAAUGAUUAUCAGCUAAAGAGAGUUGUUUAGUUAAAACUAUUUUAAAUUAGUUUGUUUAAUUACAGUGGAGAGGGUAUUGAAAGAAAAUGAUUGUAGGUUUAUGAGCUCGACCAUAGGUUUUUAUUAAAUUUAACAUCUCAAAUUUUGGAGACAUGUAUGGCUUAUGGGCUCGACGAUAGGUUUUUGUUGACUUUUUCUUAUAAAUAAAGCCGGAGGGAGUAUAUCUCUACAUGUCAUGUUUUUUCCUCUCAUAGUUGUAUUUGAAUAAGAUGCCAUCGUGAUGUUAUUGUUGAGAAUGUUUGAAGAUU